AUGUCUCUGUGGGUAGACAGAUAUCGGCCGAAAAAGUUAAGUGAGCUGUCUUACCACCUGGAGCAGGCGUGUGAUUUGGCUGAGCUUGUGAAAUCAGAUGACUUUCCUCAUCUUCUCGUCCAUGGUCCCUCAGGUGCAGGGAAAAGAACUCGAAUUCAUUGCAUCUUAAGGGAACUUUAUGGAGCAGGAGUGGAACGACUGCACCUUGAUAAAAAGUCACUUAUUACGCCUUCCAAUAGGAAAAUUGAAAUCGACACCGUUAGCAGCAACUAUCAUAUAGAAAUUAAUCCUGGAGAAGUCGGCAUCUAUGAUCGUGUUGUUGUACAAGAAGUUGUCAAACAAAUGGCACAAACUGCCCAAAUUGUUAGUGCUACGCAGAAAAGCUUCAAAGUAGUCGUGCUCAUGGAGGCAGAUCAGCUUACCCGAGAUGCGCAACACGCCCUACGUCGGACGAUGGAGAAAUAUUCUAUGACUUGUCGUCUUAUUCUGUGCUGUGAAUCUCUAAGUCGAAUUAUUGGACCAUUGAAGUCAAGAUGCAUGAUCGUGAGAGUGGGCUCACCAACUGACGAAGAGAUAGUGACCAAAGCGAGAGGCAAUCUGCGUCGUGCUCUACUUUCUAUGGAAGCGGUGAAAAGGAAGGGAGUACCGAUCAAAGACACUGAACAGGUGCCCGAGCCAGAAUGGGAAAUCUACCUCCGCGAAACUGCAGAAUUGAUGAUUAAAAAACAAAACAAUGAAAAUAUAUUGGCAGUUCGAGAACGUCUAUACGAGCUAAUAUCUCGCUGUAUACAACCGAAUCUGAUAUUUUUGUACUUACUUCGCGAAUUGCUGAAACGCACUCCACCUUCAGCGAGACGAGAAGUGAUCGAGAUGGCAGCUCUUUAUGAACAUCGGCUCACAAGAGGACAGAAAGCUAUUAUUCAUCUGGAAGCGUUCGUUGUCGCAUUUAUGGACAUAUAUCUCAACAGUAGUAAUCCCAAUGCCAUGGAGCAUUGA